AUGCGGGGGAGGGUGGGGAAGGACAUUUUCUCAUCUCUCCCCGCUCUCCCCUCGUCCCUCGCUCCCCCCGCCCCCCUUCUCUCUUCCCUCACCGCUCCCCCUCAUCCCCCCCCGCUCUUCCCUCAUCUUCCCCAACCCUCUGCUCGUCUCCCCCCCGCUCCCCUCUUCUCGUAUCCCACUCACCCCUCAUCACCUUCUUCUCGCCCACCAUCAUCCUCUUCCCCCCGCCUCCUCACCGCUACUCUCAUGUCUCCUGCUUUCUUCCGCACUCCCCUGCUCUCUUCCGCCCUCCCUUCAUUUCUCAUUCCCCCCCACUCUCCCCCCCUCAUUCCGCUCUCACCCACCCCUCAUUCCCCCCUCACUCAUCCCUUUUCCCCCCCAUUUACCCCACCUUUAUUCCUCUCUCUUCAUCUCCCCUCUGCCCUCUCUGUCGACUCCCCCCCCUCCUUCCCCCCCCAAGUUACCCCUUAUUCUCCCCUCCCCUCCCCCCCCUUCCCUAGCUCCUCUCAUCCUCCUUUGUCCCCAACCCGCCCUCCCUCCGCCGUCAUCUCCACACCCCUGGUCACCCCUCAUUUUCCCAUCCCUCAUUCCCCUCCCCUUUCCCUCCCUUCAACCUCCAGGAACUUACCUCUCAUCACACCUACCCCUUACUCCUCACACCCUCCUGACUUCCUCCCUUUGCCGCUGCCUGUAUGUUCCCUCAACCUCCCUCUACCUUCAGUACCUACCCAGGCUCCUCCUGGCCAACCCAACUGA